ACAUACAAUAUACGUUCCUAUCAUUCUAAGUGAUAAGCGAGCGAAGGCCACCUGUAAAAUGUGAACAUAACUUCUGUGUCGUAAUCACUUACACAUCACCGUGGUAAUGGAGAAGUUCAUCCUUCUGUUCCUCUCGGUUCUUGUGUCUUGUGCGGCAACACAACCCCCCAAUAUUGUCUUCAUAGUUGCAGAUGAUUUAGGAUGGUACGAUGUUGGUUUCCGAAACCCAAACAUGAAGACUCCUAACAUCGACAAACUGGCAACAGAGGGGAUCAUCUUUGAGAGCGCAUAUGUCCAGCCUUUUUGUAGCCCGUCUCGCACGGCCUUCAUGAGUGGAAUGUUUCCAUUUAAGGUGGGAAUGCAGCACGAAGUUCUGAUUGAUAGUCAGGCUGCUUGUGUCCCUCUCAACUACACCUUCCUGCCACAAGAGUUGAAGAAACUCGGAUACGCCACACAUAUGGUCGGCAAGUGGCACCUGGGUUUCUGUAAAUGGGAGUGUACACCAACGUACAGAGGGUUCGAUACUUUCUUCGGUUACUACAGUGCAGCGGAGGACUACUUCAAUCACAGCAAAGGUGGCUAUUUGGACUACCGAGAUAACAAACUUCCCGCUUGGGAUUACAGGGGAGAGUAUUCAGCUUAUACAUUCGCCCAGAAAGCUAUUGACAUCAUCCAUCAACACAAUGUUUCCCAGCCUCUGUUUAUGUACCUGCCCUAUCAGAAUGUACAUCAACCUCUUGAGGUUCCUGAAAAGUACUACAACAUGUAUCCUAAUGUGAUGAACCCAGGCCGUCGAACAUUCUCAGGGAUGGUUUCUGCCCUCGACGAAGCAGUUGGAAACGUUACAGAGGCACUUAAAGAGAGGGGAUUGUUUGAAAACACACUUAUUCUGUUCACAACCGAUAACGGUGGUCCUGUUGGAAACUCUGCCAGCAACUGGCCUCUGAGAGGAGGGAAACACACAAUCUGGGAGGGGGGCACCAGAGGAGCAUCCUUCAUGUACGGUGCUGGACUGAAGAAAACCAAGACAACCUACAAUGGAAUGAUGCAUGCUGUAGACUGGAAGCCCACCUUAGUGACAGCGGCUGGUGGAUCUCCUGAGACGUCAAUCGAUGGUAUAAGCCACUGGGAAUCCAUCAGGAAUGGCUUACUGUCGUCAAGAACCGAGUUCAUAUACAAUCUUGACAACUUUGAACCUGCAGUGGAGGGCCAUGCUGGAAUAAGGGUUGGAGACUACAAGCUGAUAAUGGGCUUCGCAGGUGGACCUGAUGGUUGGUACAAGCCUUUGAACGGGACAGACAGCGGCACUUAUGAGAAGAAUAUAUAUUUUAAAGGCGAUAGUCCAGUGCAUCUCUACAAUAUACGUGAGGAUCCUACUGAGCAUAACGACCUGGCAGCACAGAUGCCGGGCAUUGUUGACAAACUAAGAGCCCGGAUUGAGGACUACCGGAAGCAGAUGGUACCCGCCCUCUUCCCUCCUGGUGAUCCUGCAUCUGACCCAAAAAACUUUGGGAACGUCUGGAGCCCCGGAUGGUGUUGAUCUUUUAUGUUUUUUUAUCAAAUUUUAUUAUAAUGGUGUAAUCUGUAACAAUAUGUUGAUCAAAGUUCUCCCUUAGAUAACAAGAAAUUCAUUUCAAUACAGUAAUCUGUAACGAUAUACCGUAUAUAUAUAUAUUCAUUAUUCUUCAUUUUGUUCUUAUAAUAUAUAACGUUGUCCCUUUUUAAGUUCAAUUUGUGUUUGUAACGUAUGAAAAAUAAAAGGAUGUCAUUUUA